AUGCAGACGCACAAGACGACGUACGGCAGCCUACCGCUCGCCGCCGACGACGCCGAGUCGCCCAUGUGCGUGCGCCACAAGCACCUCCGCGCCAUCGGCCUCGUCUCGCUCGCGUCCUUGGCCGUCGGCGCCGUGACGUACACAGCCAGCGCCGCCCGCGCUGUCGAGUCGAAUGACCUCUUUGUUGUCGAGACGGCGGGUGAGAACCGCGUCGCACCCAUCGCCCACGCCCCAUUGGCGGCCAGCCCGCUUGCGCUCAAUGAGAACAGCUACAUUCGCAUUGACAGCGGUGUCGAGUACCAAGAAAUCUUGGGGUUUGGCGGUGCGUUUACCGAGUCGGCAGCGAUCCAGUUUAUGAAGCUGCCCGCCGAGAAGCGCGAGGAGCUACUCCGCUUGUACUUUGAUCCCGAGACAGGCUCGGCGUACUCGUUCGGGCGCGUGCCCAUGAACUCGUGCGACUUUAGCCCGGGCACGUACUCGUUCGCUGAAGUACCCCACGAUACGAACCUCGAGCAUUUCGACUCGUCCGUCGCGCACGACAACGAAGCCAUGAUCCCGUUCAUUCGCGCCGCGCUGGCCAAGCGUCCGGACAUGAAGCUCUUCCUCUCGCCGUGGAGCCCGCCGGCGUGGAUGAAGUACCCCGACGCGCACGGAGCGUCCAACAUGCUCGGGUCCGCGGCGCCCUACGGGCUCUUGCACCAGUACCGGUCGACGUGGGCGCUGUACUUUUCCAAGUUCAUUGACGCGUACGCCGGGCACAACAUUUCGUUUUGGGGCGUCACGCCGCAGAACGAGCCGCAGCAGCACGCACCGUGGGAAGCCUGCCUCUACGAUGACGCGUACCAAGCGGACUUCAUCGGCCACUUCCUCGGGCCGCAGCUGCGCAAGACGCACCCGAACGUGAAGCUGCUCAUGUUUGACCACAACCGCGGCAACGUCCAGAUGUGGGCCGGCGCCGUCUACAAGCACAAGGCCGCGACGCAGUACAUUGACGGCGUCGCGUUCCAUUGGUACGACAACACGCGCGAGCUCGACGGCGUCCAGAACCACGAGCACGUCAACGACACGCACAACCUGCACCCGGAGAAGAUUCUGCUGGCGACCGAGGCGGCCAACUGCCCGGGCGUCGCGUCCGGUGACGAUGCGUGGGCACGCGGCAUGCGCUACGCCCACGACAUUCUUGGCGACCUCAACAACUGGGCGGCCGGCUGGGUCGACUGGAACCUCAUUCUGGACCACGAAGGAGGUCCCAACAAGCUCGGGAACGCGUGCGACGCACCCAUGAUCCUCCAUGAAGACGGGUUGAACUUUACGGUCCAGCCCAUGUAUCACUUUAUCAAGCACUUUUCUGCGUUUGUGCCGCCCGGCGCCAAGCGCAUUGCGUCCGACGUGCGCGUGACAUACGCAGCCCCCGGCAACGUCACGCUCGGCAACCAGUUUCCGGGCGGCGCGUACCACUGCGACCAGUCAGCCAACCAAGCGUUCGAGCGCACGUCCGACAACAAGCUCAAGGUCGUUGGCACCAUGUACUGCCUCGACGUCGUCCACGAAGAGUGGCUCGGUGAUCGAAUCGAGAUGGUCAACUGCAUGUACACGCAGCACCAAUGGAGUUUUACCAAUGCCAGCACGAUCCAGUUCCAGAACAUGUGCUUGACGGCGCGCUAUGGCGCCUUGGACAACGGCGGGCGGCUCUCGAUCGAGCCAUGCGAGGCGGGCGCGACCCACCAAGCAUGGAGCUUCCACGGCCACGAGCUGCGCAACCAGAUGACCAACAAGUGCGUGACGGCGGGCUAUGCACUGACGCAGGCAGCAGCCUUCAAGACGCCGGCCAACGACAUGGUGCUCGUCGUCCUCAACGAAAACACCGAAGACGCCCACUUUACGCUUGUCGUCGGCGACGUGUCGGUGCCAACGUAUGUGCCCAAGCGAGGUAUUCGCACAUACCGCUGGGCCGCCUAA